UGCCAUUGAAAACAAAAGCAACAGCUGUUGUCGCCGGUCCGCAGUAACAGCGACGCUGGCAGCUCAGUCGCUGCAUGAUCGACACCCCGCCCACAGACCACCACCCCCCCACGUGUAGUAGAGGGGGGUUUUUCACCCGCAGAUUAGACGUUGGUCGACGCUUUGCAGUUGUCGCUGCUGUCGCGAGAGAGGGAUAUGCAGAGAGAGAGCACAAGAGAGAGAGGCAGCGGAAAGGAAAGGAAAAAGAGCACUAUGGAGGAACGGUGCUAUUCUCGCAAAUGGAUUCCUGGCUGGUGCUUCCGGUAACACCGUAAGAAAUUAGAUCUCGCACUCGAUCGGCAAUUUCCAGGAUGACCCUAUAUUUCGGGGUCACCAAUUGGUUGCCAGGGUGGCUUUUUGACAAUUCAUGGAUAUUAAGAACUGGAUUCUAAUGGUUUGGCCUGGAUGUCCAAUUCCCUGGAGAAUCGGGGUCACCAUGAUGGAUUUUUGCAUUUCAUGAAUGUCAAAAAAUGGAUUCAAAUGGUUUUGAUUGUAUGGCCCGUUUCCAGGAUAAUUCUAUAUGAUUGUGUCGGGGUCACCACUAAGGAAUGAAAGCCAAAAACGAAUAACUGUGUCCUUGCCAGCCUAUAUAAAGGAUAUUUCUUGAUGCCAUAUCCAAGUACUUCAAAAAAAUGUCUCGCUGGCUCCGCUUUCUCAACAAAAACGAACCCCUGUCCGUUUAUUUCUUCGCCGUACCCCGGAACUGCCUGAACUUGAUGGGCUACUGGCCAGGAGGAGCUGAUAACAAGGACAAGAAGACUGACAAAAAUCCACCUAUCCGGGCCUAUGUUCACUUUGUAAUACUGGCCAUUGGAGUGACCACGGAACUGCAUGCCGGAAUGCGUUUUCUCCACCAAGAGGAACUGACCCUGGCCCUGGAGACCUUCUGUCCGGCUGCCACCUCCGCUGUGACCUUGCUGAAAAUGUUUCUCAUGCUGCGCUAUCGACAGGACAUCUCGAAUAUGUGGUGUCGGCUAAGGACAUUGCUGUUCGACAGGCGAAGAGAGCGACCUGACCAGCUGGACAUCCGUUUGAGGCACUCCCUGCUGGCCGUCUGGAUCAAUUGCUGGCCAGUUUGUGCUGGCUUCUUCACAGGAUCCGUUUACAACAGCAAGCCAGUGCUGAUCGCCUUGGUCCUUUAUCUGCAGCAGCGCAGCGAUGAGAUUCUCUGGGUUAUCCCCUUUAAUAUGACAAUGCCAUCAUUCCUACUGAAGAGUCCUUUCUUCCCAUUCACUUAUUUGUUCACCGCCUACACCGGAUAUGUGACAAUUUUUAUGUUUGGAGGCUGUGAUGGAUUCUACUUCGAGUUCUGUAGCCACAUAUCGGCGCUUUUUGAGAUUCUACAAUCGGAAACCAAGGCCCUUUUCAAGCCCUACAAGGAUAGACUAUCCAUCGAUGCGGAGGAGGCUCUCCACUUGGAGCAGCAACUGAGGGCCAUCGUAAUCCGUCAUAAUGCCCUCAUAGACUUGAUUAAAUCAUUUCGGCAGCGCUAUGCCAUCAUAACCCUGGCCCACUUCGUCUCCGCCGCCAUGGUGAUUGGCUUCAGCAUGGUGAACCUCCUGACAGUGGGCGGGAUCGGCCUGGGAGUGAUUCUCUACGUGGCCUAUACGAUUGCGGCUGCCAGUCAGCUUCUGGUCUACUGUUAUGGAGGAACUCUGGUGGCCGAAAGUAGCCUGGGUCUCUCAAGGACUCUGUUCGCUUGUCCCUGGAACAUCUGUUGGCCGAGUCAGAGGCGAUAUGUCCAGCUGAUGCUCUUGAGAUCCCAGAAAGCCCUGACCAUGGCAGUGCCAUUUUUUUCACCUUCAUUGGCGGCAUUUGCUUCGAUUCUACAAACUUCUGGUUCUAUAAUUGCACUUUUCAAGUCCUUUCAAUAGAUUCCUCCUAAAACUCAUAGUACUCCUUGCUUAAAUAUAGUUUCUUUUAUUAAAAUAUUAAUUUAUUUAAAGAAAAUCAUUAAUUUUCUGUCGUGCAGCAGUAUUAUUAGCCUUCUAUUUUAUCUCAUCUGACCAUAUUCCUAUCGACUAUCUUCAUUAAUUAACUCCAUACCACCUAUCCCAAUGACACGCAAUCGAAAUUUCAGGAAAUUC